AUGAAACCUGCUCGGGUCCUUGUUACUUUGAGGAGGACCCGGAACAACCCAGGAGCUGUAAAUGUUCAGAAUGGUCACAGAUCAUAUGACUAUCAGGAAUAUGCCAAGCAACUGUAUGAAUGUAAGGAAUGCAGAAACAGCUCCAGCUUUCCCCAGUGCCAUCUGAGGUAUGCAAGAACUCAGACUGAAGAGAAACUUUAUGAAAGUAAGCAACGUAGGGAAACUUUUAGUGAUAAUCCCUUCCAGAUACAUGAAACAGUCCCUGCUUUGAAGAAACCAGAUGUGUGCAAACAGCAUAGGAAAGAAUUCAGGAACGAUGCAGAUGUUGAAAGACAAAUGAUAGCACACAAGGGUGAUGGUCCAGGCAAGUGUAAGAAAUAUACUAAAGACUUUCCCUAUUACACUUCACUCUUUAUGCAUUCAAGUUCUCAUAGUGGAGAGAAGCGAUAUGUAUGUAAACAGUGUGGGAAAGAAUUCCCUAAUGCUGCUUCCCUUGAGUGCCAUGAAAAGACGCAUCAUGAAGAGAGACCCUAUGCUUGUAGGUACUGUGAGAAAACGUCUACUUGUUCAGGUUCCUUGAGAUGUCACGAAAGGAUUCACACUGGAGUGAAACCACAUGCAUGUAAGCAGUGUGGGAAAGCCUUUACCACACACACUUCCCUCCGAUGCCAUGAGAAGAUUCACACUGGAGAAAAGCCUUAUGAGUGUAAGCAAUGCGGACAAUCUUUCAUGUUGUACAGAUAUUUGCAAAGACAUGAGUGGAUUCACAGUGGACAGAAGCCCUAUGAAUGUCAGCAGUGUGGUAAAGCUUUUUAUGUCCACAGUGUCCUUCGAUAUCAUGAAAGGACCCACAGUGGAGAGAUGCCCUACGGUUGUAGGCAUUGUGGGAAAGCCUUCACUCAUCCCAAUUAUUUGAGAUGCCAUGAGAGGAUUCACAGUGACAAAAAGCCCUAUGUGUGUAAACAAUGAGUGAAAGACUUCACUACACACAAUUCCCUUCAUCACCAUGAAAGGACUUACAUAGGAGAGAAACCCUAUGUGUGUAAGCAGUGUGGUAAAGCCUUCAGAACACAAAAUUCCCUUUAUCAUCAUGAAAGGACCCACACUGGAGAGAAGCCCUAUGGAUGUAAACAGUGUGGGAAAGCCUUCACGCUGUGCAGGUCCUUACAAAGACAUGAACGAAUUCACAGUGGGGAGAAAUCCUAUGCGUGUAAGCAUUGUGGGAAACUCUUUUCAUGUUUGAGCGAGGUUCAGAGGCAUGAACAGGCACACACUGGAAUAAAGUCCUAUGUAUGUAGACAAUGUGGGAAAGCCUUCUCUAAAAAGAGUUACCUGGAGUACCAUGAAAAGAUUCACAGUGGAGAGAAGCCUUGUGUGUGUAAGCAGUGUGGGAAAGUGUUCACUUUUUCAGUUCUCCUGAACGCCAUGAAAGAACACACAAUGGAGAGAAAUCAUAUGUGUGUAAGCCAUGUGGGAAAUCCUUCACUUUUUCCAGUUCCCUUCGAUGUCAUGGAAGGAUUCACAGUGGAGAGAAGCCCUGUGUCUGUAGGCACUGUGAGAAAGCUUUCCCUUCUUUGA